AUGGGCCUUCUACACACCCUCGACCAGCUCUUCUGGCGCCUUGUGACCCAUCCGAUCGUUGUGCUCUACGUCUUCGUCCAGGAUAUCUUGAGUCUUGUGUUCGCACCGACUCCGCCGCCGCCCGACAACUCUACAAAGCUCCGUCGUCCCCGCGUUGCCAUUGUUGGUGCUGGCCUGACCGGUGUGUCUGCUGCCGCCCAUUGCGUGGGCCAUGGCUUCGACGUGCAAAUUUUCGAAGCUCGAUCAAAGGCAAAAGGGCUUGGUGGCAUUUGGAGUGUAACUAUGCGAUGUCCCAAAUCUGCCCCAAGAGUCAACACCACCUCCGCCCUGCAGAUCCACAGCGUGAUGUUCCGCUUCCAUCCGUCCGUAAGAUGGCAGAGUGCUUAUCCUAAACAGGAGACGAUCAAGAACGAGAUCGUCUCGCUCUGGGAGCGGUACGGGCUCGAAGAGCGCACGGUGUUUAGCACGCCGAUCAAGUCUGUGCGGAAGAACGAGGACGGCAAGUGGGUGAUCAACGACACAGAGUCGAAAUAUGGCAAUUUUGACGGCAUCAUCGCUGCCGUCGGCAGUUGUGGUGAUCCCAAAAUGCCUUCACUCCCGAACCAGGAGAGCUUCAGGGGCCAAAUCUACCACUCGUCGAAUCUCGAUGGGAAGGACGCAAAGGGAAAACGUGUCAUGGUCGUCGGAGGCGGUGCGAGCGCUGUGGAGGCUCUGGAAUGGGCAGUGGAAGCUGGGGCCGCUCGGAUCGAUGUGCUCUCGCGCUCUGAUAAAUGGGUUAUCCCGCGAAACGUCAUCGUCGAUGUGCUGCUUGCAAGCAACGUCUUGGGCCAGGAGACCCGUCUGUCGUGGAUCCCGGAGGUUCUACUUCGGAAAUUCUUCUACCGCGAUCUGGAAGACAUCUCUCCGUCGGGUAAAGGCGUCUUCAUGGAUACCCCGACCGUCAACUCCCAACUUUUCCAGCUGAUCCGCGACGGCAAAGCACGCUGGCUUCGAGGCGAUAUCCUGACUGUUGCCAAAAACGGCAUCCGCUUCAACCACCGCGCCAAGGGCGUCCCCAAAUCCGGGCCGGGCCAUGAGAUAUUCGUGGAGGGCGACAUCAUCAUCAUGGCAACCGGAUUCUCCAGGCCCUCUUUAUCAUUCCUCCCCUCCGAGGCAUUUGAGCCUCCCUAUGGACCACCGAACUGGUAUCUCCAAGUAUUCCCGCCAGCGUUCCCAAGCGUCUGCGCCAACAACAGCACGUACGUCAAUGCAAUUGCAACAGCGGGAAAUUACCACAUUGGCAUCUACACGCGCCUACUCCUGAUGUUCCUUGUAGACCCGCUGAGCCGUCCGGGGGAAUUCUGGAUGAAGCGCUGGAUCGAUAUGACAAGGCUCCUGAAACGUUUCGCGCCGACGGGCGCUUUUGACUUCUUCACCUAUUCGGAGCUCAUGUAUUGGUUUGUCUUUGUGGUCCUCAUCAAUCCGUUCCGGUGGAAGUGGGCGUUGUUUGUAUUCAUGGGCAUUGGGCAGGCCCUGCCGAUGACCGUUGUUCAGAAGGAGGAUGAAUUGAGACAAAAAGCUCAGGAGAUAAGUUGA